AAAGACGAGAGAAGAGCAAUGCCACCUCUGAGCGGGCAAGCGGGAUUAGAUUUGCCUUCUUCUCCCCCCCCCCCAGCCAAGCUGCCUCUCUGGCUUUUCCCCAUCUCCCUGGGUGCUCUGGAUUGCGAUCUCGCUAGCUAGCUACUGAAUUUAGGGUUCCAAUCAAAUCGCCGCUGCUGCUGGGGGGGAUUUUAGGCAGAGAAGAAGAUGGGGGUUAUGUCCAGACGGGUUUUGCCCGCCUGUGGUAACCUCUGUUUCUUCUGUCCUUCUUUGAGGGCAAGGUCUAGGCAUCCCGUUAAACGCUACAAGAAAAUGCUCGCUGAAAUCUUCCCUCGCAAUCAGGAAGCUGAGCCCAAUGAUAGAAAAAUUGGCAAGCUUUGUGAGUAUGCGUCUAGGAAUCCUUUACGAAUUCCAAAGAUUACAGAGUACCUUGAGCAAAAAUGUUACAAAGAAUUGCGAAAUGGAAAUAUUGGAUCAGUUAAAGUCGUCUUAUGCAUUUAUAAGAAACUUCUUUCAUCAUGUAAGGAGCAGAUGCCUCUAUUUUCCUGUAGUUUGCUAAGCAUUGUCCGAACGCUUUUGGAGCAAACAAGAGAGGAAGAAGUUCAGAUCUUGGGUUGCAAUACGCUUGUUGACUUUAUAAGUUUACAGACUGUGAAUUCGCACAUGUUCAACUUAGAAGGUCUAAUCCCUAAACUUUGUCAACUUGCUCAAGAAAUGGGGGAUGAUGAAAGAUCACUCCGAUUACGCUCAGCAGGAAUGCAGGCUUUGGCAUUCAUGGUAUCUUUCAUUGGUGAGCAUUCCCAACUAUCAAUGGACUUGGAUAUGAUUAUUUCUGUGAUUCUGGAGAAUUAUAUGGAUUUGGAGAAGGGCCAAGAAGAUACCAAAGACAUUGAUCAAAAUUCAGAAACGAUGAUUCCCAACAUGACUAAAAAGGUUUCUUUCAAACCUAAUCCGGUGACUGACUAUAAGUUGGAAAACAUGGAUAUUUCGAAGAGCCCCUCAUACUGGUCUAUGGUUUGCCUUUGCAAUAUAGCCAAAUUAGCAAAGGAAACUACAACUGUUCGUCGGGUUUUGGAACCGCUUCUGACUGCUUUUGACAGUGGAGAUUACUGGUCUCCCCAGAAGGGUGUUGCCUCUUCUGUUUUAUUGUUUCUGCAGUCUCGUCUGGAAGAAUCAGCAGGAGAAAAUUGUCAUGUGUUGGUAUCUUCUUUGAUCAAGCACUUGGAUCAUAAGAAUGUUAUGAAGCAACAAGGUCUUCAAGUUAACAUGGUCAAUGUAGCCACAUGCCUUGUGCUACAUGCUAAGCAGCAGGCUUCAGGCGCGAUGACUGCUGUAAUAGCUGACUUGAUUAAGCACUUGCGAAAAUGCCUGCAAAAUGCAGCUGAAUCAGAUGUGUGUGUGAAUGAAACACAGCAGAACUCGGACCUCCAGCAUGCAUUAGAAAAUUGCAUUGCAGAACUCUCAAAUAAGGUUGGGGAUGCAGGGCCCGUUCUUGAUAUGUUGGCAGUGGUUCUUGAGACAAUAUCCACUAAUGUAGUCCUUUCUAGGACCACAGCAUCAGCCGUUCUCCGAGCUGCACAUAUAGUAUCAGUGGUCCCAAAUGUUUCUUACCACAAGAAAGUAUUUCCGGAUGCCUUGUUUCACCAACUGCUCCUUGCGAUGUCCCAUGCAGAUUGUAAGACUAGAGUCGAGGCACACAAUAUUUUAUCCGUCGUGCUUCUUCGAACUCUUCGUUUGCCAUGGUCAGAUCAACAUAAGGAAACCUCAGAAGUUGUUCCUGGGACAUUGUCAGUUGAUGGAAUUUGUACAGUAAGGAACCAGAGUACUAGUUUACAGGAGGAAGAGAAAGAAAAAGUUGAGAAAUCCUUAAACAGUGAACUGCGUAAAGAUGUAAACCACAUAUCUUAUCCAAGUGUAUCACGACAUACCAGUCAACAGCUUAGUGGUCAGUCCUUGGAUAGUUUAAAGGAUUUAGAUGAUGGUAUAAAGUCGUUAUGUUCACUCCGACUAAGUAGUCACCAAGUGAAUAUGCUUCUUUCAUCCCUAUGGAUCCAAGCAACUUCUACCGACAAUACCCCUGAAAAUUUUGAGGCCAUGGCCAGCACAUAUCAAAUCACUUUACUGUUUUCACUAGCAAAGAGAUCAAAUCACAUGGCUCUGGUGCGGUGUUUUCAGCUGGCAUUCUCUCUUCGAAAUCUCUCAUUGAAUCAAGAUGGAGGUAUGCAGCACUCUCGUAGAAGAUCUAUCUUCACUUUUGCAUCAUAUAUGCUCAUUUUCGGUGCCAAGAUUUCAAAUAUUCUGGAGCUAGUUCCAAUUGUCAAAGAAUCUUUGACAGCCCAAAUGGUUGAUCCUUAUCUUGUGCUGGAAGGAGAUAUCAGACUGCGUGCUGUAUGUUCUGGAUUUCCACAGGAAGAAGCGUAUGGAUCUGACAAAGAUGAUAGUGCUGCUCUCAAUUCUUCAGUGAUUAUCGCAGAUGAUAGACGUCUGAAGGAGAUCGUAAUUAGUCAUUUUACAUCAAAAUUUCAGACACUAUCCGAGGAGGAGCAAUCAAAUUUGAGAAAGGAAAUUCAGUCAGAUUUUUCCCGAGAUGAUACACAUCCGCUUGGUGGAAAAUUGUUUACGGAUACACCAGGACCUAGUUCUCCUCUUAAUCAAACAGAACUCCCAGCUUUCGAAGAGGUUGAGCUUUCAGACAUAGUGGCAUUUGAAGGAAUUUCCCCAGGGGCUAGUGGAAGCCAGUCGGGGCACAGAACAUCAUUGUCCACAAACACUAAUCCAGUAGAUGUUCUGAGUGUCAACGAGUUGUUAGAAUCGGUAUCAGAAACUGCUCGGCAAGUUGCAAGUCUCCCUGUUUCCUCCGUUCCUGUACCUUAUGACCAAAUGAUGAACCAGUGCGAAGCUCUUGUGACGGGUAAGCAGCAAAAGAUGUCCGUGCUUCGAAGUUUCAAACCCCAAGCAACCAAAGCUAUAACCUUGUCAGAAGACGAUGAAAAGGACGAACAAUAUCUUCUCAAGGAGACAGAAGAAGCUGGUGAAGAUGAUCAGAAGGCAAUAAUUGUGGCUGAUGUUCAACCUCAAGGGCAGCUCGGAUUCUUCUCACAAGAAGUUCCACAAAAUUCAUUUCGGUUACCGCCUUCGAGCCCCUACGAUAAAUUCUUGAAAGCAGCCGGAUGUUAAACCGGUACAUUCUAAAAAUCUUGCAUAUACAUGCAUAUAUAUAGACACACACACAGAGCAUAAUAUAUACUAUAUAUUAUCACGUGUAAUCUUAUGCUUCGUAUAUUCUUAGUCAUCUCUUGGCUCUUUCUGGAAGGAACAAUGAUUGAUUCAUUUCAUUUCUCCAUUGUGAAAAAAAAAAUGUUAUAAUCAUCAAGGAAGCAUUUGUUAAAACCUUGGAAGAGAGCAGAAGCACCGAAAAGUCGUGCAAAAACUCAGAACUGUCUUUGUUUUUUGGGGUUGGAAAUAUCAUUGAUUGAUUCAAAGUGUUGUUGAUUGUUUGUAUGUAAUGAGCUGUGUGUGUCUUGUUCUGUGUAUGAGUUUGGGGGGGUUGGAACCAGAGUCUUUGUGGUGGUUUAGGGUUGAGAAGUGUGCUGGUUCUGGUCGGUCGGUCAAUGUAUUGUGUCUGGUUUGCUCUGAAAAUGACAAACUUGGGAUGUACUAUAAUGUAUUGUGUUGAUUUCUUAUCUGAAUUGAUAAAUGAGGUACAAGAAGUUUUGAUGAA